AUGUAUCGCGAGACCAAAGAAUUUCUUUCAAAAGCGCCGCGGAACUUCGAGGUCGAUAUCGCAGUUAUUGAUGACCACUGGCUGUGGCCGACACGGCGCGUUGUUCCCGCGCGCGAGCUCGAAGGAACCAUGGAGAGAUUAGACAUCAACAUAAUCCCGUGCUGUACCACAAAUGAACGUCAUCUGCAGACGGACUGGGCUUACGAAAGCUGGGCUGUAGUCGACAUCUCCACUUUCUACCUGAUACUCGCCGGAGGACUGAUGUUCCCGCUGGCUCGCUUCUUACUCGUCGAUGAUGAUAUGAAACGCCAUGGAUCACAAGUUUUCCGGGGUUUGGAAACAUGGGUCGACCCAUUGUUGAACGAACACCUAGAUAUUGGCCGGAACAAACCUGUUACUCGGAUUGAUACUGUGACUAUCAACAUUGAUACGUGGAGGUAUGGAAACGGCAGCAAAGAGAUCGGUCUUGCAGAAGUACCUUUCCGCAAGAUUGAAGGUCUGGCACAUCUGGAUUUCAAGGAGCUGUACCCAGUGGACUUCGCCAAGUCAGAAACCUACCUUCGCGAAAUGAUCAGAUACAUCGAUGAGCGGCUUCAUGCUAUUCCGCAAGGCGACAUUACGUGGAACUCACAGUCCCUCCUGAACUCAAACACCAGCAAUGCCUAG